AUGAGGGCUUUCGCAUGUGCAGUUGGGAAGCUUUGCUUUUUGCCAACACUGCCAGUUACUGGAAGAAAUUUUUUCACCUCCAGUGUAAGAAAUUUUUCAUCGAAAAUAACCAUUGCUCCCUAUCUCCUUGACCGGACUAAGCCCGCAGAGGAAAUUUUAUCCAACUUAUCUUCCAACGAUGCGGACCGCCUCGCGUAUAUCAAGGCUGAACACAGUAUGUUGGUUGCCAGUGGCAAGGACGUUCCACUGGAUUUGACACCAUUAGAAUAUCUUGAACUUUUAUGUUGCCCUUCUGUCAGUGCUAGAAAUAGAUUCUACCUGUUCAGAUUCAAAGUUGCUAAAAUGAAAGAGGCAAAGAGAGCAAAGAAGACGUCCCGAAUCAUUGAGGAGUCUCCCAGUGAGCAUAUUCAAAAAAAUCAAAUACUUCGAAUGAUUAGGUCUGCACCCAUUCGGGCUCACCACGAUGAUUGGUUAAUUGCUGAACUGAGGACAGCUGAAGAUUCUGCUCAAACUCUGGUUUUCGAUUGUUCCCACGAAGAAGAAAUGCGUAUUUCUGAUCAAAAGAAUCUUGCUCGCCAACUUGCUAUGGCUUUUGCACAUAAUCGUACACAGCGUCCGUUUCCUUUUCACUUCAUGUUCACAAGCCUUGUUCCUGGUUCGAAUCAAUAUAAAUUCCUUGAAGAGGCUUUUGGUAUUGGAGUUCCGUCUAGCAGAUGUAACAGCUUGGAAGUUUGCCCUUUUACUGUGAGACCAGACCAUUUUAGUGAGGUUAUCAAAGACCGGAGACUGAUUUAUCUGAGUCCAAAUGCUUCACGAGCUUUUGAAAUUGGAGAAUACGAUCAUGAUGCCGUCUACGUUGUGGGUGGGAUAGUUGACAAGGCUGUUCGUAGGCCUGUUACUCAUGCUAAGGCUAGACGUGCUGGUUGGGAAUGUAUUCGAUUGCCUUUAGAGCGUUAUGUUAAUUGGCGCUCGGGUAAUAAAACACUUACCCUAGUUGCCAUUCACUCAAUCCUUGCCACAGCCAAAGCAACUAAUGGUGACUGGAAGACAGCUCUUGAACAAAAUAUUCCUUCCCGUUUCCUUCGAGAUCACGAUGCAGUUCAAAAGGACAUCAACAGACUCUUCCGUAGUAUCUGA